UUGUAUAUGGCAUAUCGGGCACGGAGUUUGCUGAAGGGAAAAUUAAAAAAUGGCAAUCAAACAACUGUAAAUACAAGCCUAAAAUAACACUCAAGCAUGAAAUUUGCCACUGUGGCCUUUUUCGGUUGUGCGCUGGGACUUCUAGCGGUGGGCCUGCGAGAGUUGCUGAUGGGCUUCGAGGAGAAUAGGUGCAGCAUGACCUACAUGUUUGAAUAUCCAGAGUACCGGCGCGUGGCAAUGCCUCGUCGUGUAGCAAGAUUGUACCCUGCAUAUGGGCUCUACCUAUACGGAGAGGGCCUCUACGCCCAGGAAACCAGAUCACUCAAACUCAGCGGCGCUCCCGUUCUCUUUCUACCGGGAAAUGCGGGAAGUUAUAAACAAGCUCGCUCCCUGGGCUCAGUUGCCCUAAGGAAGGCUGAAAAAAUGGAGGGGGGAGUCCACCUCAAUGUUUUCACAGUGGACUUCAAUGAAGAGCUGGUGGCCCUCUAUGGUGGCAGCCUACGGAGGCAGACUCACUUCCUACAUGAGAGCAUCAAGGCCAUCCUGCGCCUUUACAAGGAUCAUGAGAACCGUCCUCGUAGUGUGGUGCUGGUGGGCCACUCCAUGGGAGGAGUGGUGGCCCGGGCUCUGUUCACCUUGCCCCGCUUCAGCCCACACCUGGUCAGCCUCAUCAUUACCCAGGCCUCCCCACACCUGGCUCCUGUUCUGGCCCUUGACACCUACCUGCUGGAGUUCUACUCUUCGGUGAGACAAAGGUGGGUAAACCAGGCAGACGACCUGCGGAAUGUGACGGUGCUCUCUGUAGGAGGAGGUUACCGCGACUAUCAGGUCCGCUCCGGCUUGACAUCCCUCCCCUGUCCGCCAGGAGACCCCAGCAAGUUGACACUGGUGGCAACUGCUGUUCCCAGAACAUGGGUGUCCACUGACCAUCUGUCCAUUGUUUGGUGCAAAGAGCUUGUCCUUGCUACUGUUCGGGCUUUUUUUGACCUCAUCAAACCUGAAACAAAACAGUUCUCAGAGGACCCAGAGAGGAGAGUGGCUGUUCUGAACCAUCACUUCAUUAGACACCCUGUCAGGAUGCUGGGGGAAUCUCAGGAGACCUCCAUUAGCCUCCCAGAUUCUCCUGAAGCGUGGAGUGAAGUAAACACACUGCGUCUGGCUUACAGCACACCAAAGGAGGGGCAGAUCAAGUAUUUCCUGUUUACCCUGUCGAGUCGCAGGAAGGCCUACAGCCACUUUUACUGCCGGAGCAACAACCUGGAGAUGUCUAGCUGGGUGUAUGGCUGCACACAGAGGAGUGGGUCUUUGUGUGUGCAGGCAAUAGAUCUGUCAUUGGGAACAGAGCUUCUCCCUCCAUAUAAGGUUCUGAUUCUGAGUCUCAGUGACCUGUCCUCUGUUUCUCAUCUAGUUGUCAGUGCCUCCAACCUCAAUGGCAAGCAGUUCACAGUGGAAUGUGAGUGGCAGAGACAAGAAUCUCAGACCAUAUCUCUGCCGGUCCCCCACGUCCUCUCCUUUGGUCUGACUGCCAGUGACGUCACGAUCAACUCCUCAGGACUUCUCCACACCGUUGAGCUGCAGCACUUCCACCAGGUCUAUCAGGCAUUUAGAAUUACUGUUGCAAGCCACUGCAAAGUGCAAAAAGAUAGACUGUCUAAUGUAUACAGAAUGAAGGUGCCAUGGUUUAGGGAGGACUUCUUCACUACAGUAAUUGUCCCAUCAGUGACUGAGAUCUCAGGGAUGCUCCACACCAGUCGCCCAGACAACACCUCAGGUGUCCUGCUUCAGCUCCACACUGCCCCCAACUGCCAGUAUAAGGUGUCAGUAAGGACCUCAUUUCCCAGGGUGCUGGGGCAGGUGCUGAGGUUCUGUGGCCCUGUUGUGCCUGUGUACAUUGCUGUAACUCUCCUCCUAGCCUGUGGGGGGCAGUUGACCUCCAUUCUUAAAACGGGACGCGCUAUAGAGAUGAGCCAGGCAGUAGGCCGGGGUCUGCAGCCACACAAAGUCGACUUGCCUGUUUUUGUCCUGCACUUGUUGCUUGGGUGUAGCUGGUUCCAGGAGGCCUGGUCUAUUCUUUGGCUCCCUGCCAUGGAUGCCAUCCCCUCCACCUUCCCUGAUAGAGCGUUCCUUGAGGGGGCGGGGCCAGUUGAGGAAUGGCCCUGCCUCCUGUCACCAAUCUUGUAUGUCGCUGGGGCAGCUGUGGCGUUUUGGGGCUGCACUCUCCUCCGGCUCCUUCUGCGCCUGAUAUCACUAAUUUUGGCUCCUCUGCUCAGACCAUCUGUCUCUCGAGACUGUGGCACUCUGCGUCUUAGGAGCCAGCUCUUCAUCAUUUUGUCUCUAACUGUAAUGGGCAGGACUUUCUGUGGGGCGCUGUCAAUCUUUGCUACAUUCCUGCUCCACCUUUAUAGGGUGCUAAGGCUACAGAUGACAGAAAGGUCUUUGAGUCAUAUGCUGAAUCUGGCACCCCAGAGGCAUAAAGAGACAGAGAACUGUGUAGUUGGAGAUGUUCUUUGCAAGCCUAAAGAAUGUAACGGUGCCCCCCUUCUGUCAGAGUGUGCGCUGCAGGAGGUAAGGGACGAUCUGCAACUCCACUUAUGCCUGUCGGCGCUGUUCACUCCACCCAUCAUGCUAAGCGCACCCUCUCUUCUUCACUGGAUCCGCUACCUGAGGUAUUCCACCCAUUUGGAUCUUGACCCUUGCUGGCCACACACUGUGCCUCUACUUAUUGUAUACUUGCUGCUCAUUAACUGCAACACUUUGAAAAUUAGCAAAAGUAAACUCCUGUCUCUGACCUCCAACCUCCCUCUGCCAUUGUCCAUCGCCAUGGUGACCUUCUCUCCACUCCACCUCUACAGAGUCACCUACUUCCUGUCUGCGGCUCUGGUCCCCCUGGCCUUUUCCUGCCUGCUCUGA